UGUGACUCCAGUAGUCCAGCAGGUGGCGGUGAUGCGUCUCUGAGCUGGUUUGACAACCGUCAAUAAACACCAGCGAAGAAGAAGAAGUGUUUGUUGCUUCCUCCAGACUGGCAGGUGUUUUCAUAAACAAUGGAUCAGAAGAUUCCUUAUGAUGACUACCAGCUCCCAGUGGUAUUCCUGCCUUCUUAUGAGAACCCACCAGCGUGGAUAGCCCCACAGGAGCGUAUUCAUCACCCUGACUACAACAAUGAGCUCACCCAGUUCCUGCCUCGUACAAUCGUAUUGAAGAAACCUCCAGGAGCACAGCUGGGCUUCAACAUCCGUGGAGGCAAGGCGUCACAGCUGGGAAUCUUUAUAUCCAAGGUGGUCCCAGACUCUGAUGCCCACAGAGCCGGGCUGCAAGAGGGAGACCAGGUUCUUUCUGUGAAUGAGGUUGAUUUCCAAGACAUAGAGCACUCAAGAGCUGUAGAGAUUCUGAAGACUGCGCGAGAGAUACUGAUGAGGGUUCGCUUCUUUCCUUACAACUACCAACGGCAGAAGGAGAGGACUGUACAUUAGGUGGCAGCAGAGAGAGAGAGAGCGAGAGAGUUGGACGGCUGCGUCACUGCACGUCAUCACCCUCCUCCUACAGACUCUGGCCUCCAUUCUGUCUCAGCUUCACGAUGACUGAUGUAUGACUAACCGGCUCAUUCAAACUCCUCCACGUAAGAACAUAAUGUACUCUCUGUAUGUUUCCUCUAUCACCCAGAUAUCCGAGCGCUACCGAAUCUACUGUGAUACAUGUUGACUUCUACUGUAUUCACAGGAAGUGAAAGAAGCUUAAUAGACAUUUCACAUUAUACAUUACGGAACUGAUACAUGUUUUUCUUGUCAGUCAUAACAUUUUAUAAUUGUAUUAUGCUUUGCCUGUAUUCACUUUUUCCUCAAGCCCUAUAAUUACAUGUUUCUACAUGAAGUUAUUAUAACUAAGGUUCAGGAACAAAACCACGCUUCUCUCCCUCGGUAAUCCAAUCACCCGUGCAGACCUAUAUAGGUGUGUCUAACCGUCUUCUCUCAGGAUUGUCUCAAUUCUCACAACCGGCGCUUUGUUGGUUGCUUAGACCGACACAGUGUUACCCAAGGUAUCCUGUUUCGAUAGAUUAGAUUUGCUUGCAACGGACUUCGAGCUGCUUCUUAUCCCCUCCUUCGAUAAUCGACCCUCACCCAAUCACCCCACCGAACUCGACCCUUACCCAAUCUUUCCCGCAUCCUCCAGCCAUUCCAAGUGAAACUACCAUACUGUACUAAGAGUGUGGUCUUUGUUAGUGAAUGUAGUUUUAGACAUAAUAUAUUUUGAUCAAGUACAGAGUAGCACUUGUGUGUACUGUACACAUUAGCCUUGAUGAUAUAAAGUAGAGACACAUAUACACUCUAGUUUAUUAGGUAUACCUAGCUAAAACUAAUGCAGUCCACUACAUCAGUCAAGCAAUAAAUCCUACCGUCAUGAAAGGUAUGAUGUUCAGCUUAAAAAUGUUCAGAAUCAUUUCAACUCAAGACCAACUUACUAGCUUUUCCUGAAGCUUUCAACCAUAGAUAUCUAUGUUUUCAACUUCAUAUUACAGUUCUAAUGAGUUUUCUAUUGUUUCUCUUAUUGAUUAACUGUACAUGUAUAUGUGACUUGGAUUUCAGUACGCACUGACACAUGGUACAGAGACAGCAGGGCCUUAUGUAUUGUAAGAGCAAAUGAUAAUGAGUGCAGGACUUCUGGUAAAUAUCACUGAUCUAAAUAUCACUGUGAAUAUACUGUACAUCAAGUUUUUCUUUAAAUAUUUAACCAAAAAAAUUUUUUUUAGGGAAUAUUAAGUUGUGUAAAUAUAUUUCAGUGACCGAGCACUACUUAAAUACAUUUAAAUUGUGUUUCAUACAUGAUGGUUUUUUUACAUAACCUGCUUCUGGGCUGAAUGAUAUUGUAAUUAUUUAAUGUAUGAACUGUAUAUUUGAAGUGCUUCAAGUAUAACUUCUAAUAUGCUGUUACAGUGCAUGAUAACAACACAUUGUGCCCUGCAUCUUAUCUGCGUAUCAUGGUAACGCCUGUAAUCGAGUGUUUUAUCUGUGUGAGACUCUGAUUUCAAUCCAACAGAAGACUCGUUUGGGUACUUUUAUCAUUUUGGCCUCUCUGGUUCAAGAUGAGCUUAUCGGUAAUAUCAGCAGAUAAAAGCUUUUGGACGGGAAAUAAACACAUUCAUAUAAAACGGCUGAAUACCUCUGGGUGUUACUGCAGUAACCAAGUAUACAGUAAGGUCAUUUGUUUGUAUGCUAAUACCUGCCUGUUGCAUCUCAACACUGUCUUAUUCUUUUGUACACUAAUAAUUUUCAUAAAUGGAAUAACUUUUGGUUUUUCCAUCUGAUGAUUUUAAAUCGUUUUUCAACAUUUUCAGCUCACAACAUUGACAUGGUAAAUGAAAUAAAAUGUUUUGAACCCUUGUAACCUC